GCGGUGCGUGCCGCGCCGGCCAGCCCAUCAUCCGUAUCAUACGUAUAAUACGCACUGCUGUCAUUACAUCGCGCACAAGUACAUCGAGUCGGUCAUUUUUCUUCAAAAUUGAAAUAUAUAUAUAAAAAAAAAAAAAAAAAGUGCAAUAUGCCAUGAUCGACCAUUUUGACAACCCCUGUGGGUGAUCCUCGAGGGUGUACAUGCCGUGAGGGUGUAGUGCGCGAUAAGCUCCGGUUGUGGUGAUUGUGUUGCACGAGUGCCCCGUGUGUGUGUGUAGUGUGCGUGUAUAGCGUGAUUCGUUCCUAUCCUUAAGGAAGAGGCUGGCAGGGGCGCAGCGCCGCGAUGGUUACCGACAACCAGACCACCAGCCAGAGUGACGCCACCACGGCAUUUCUCCGGGCUGCACGGUCCGGUAACCUCGAGAAGGUCGUCGAGUACCUCGACACUAACCUCGACAUCAACACAGCCAACUCGAACGGCUUGAACGCGCUGCAUUUGGCUUCCAAGGAUGGCCACGUGGAGAUCGUGACGGAACUCCUGAAGCGGGGCGCAAAGGUCGACGCCGCCACGAAAAAGGGGAACACCGCAUUGCACAUAGCGUCCCUAGCUGGUCAAUCGGAGGUGGUGACCAUUCUCAUCCAAUACGGCGCCGCCGUGAAUAUCCAGUCGCAAAAUGGAUUCACGCCGCUUUACAUGGCCGCCCAAGAAAACCACGACCAAGCCGUCAAGAUCCUGCUCGGCAACGGGGCGAACCAAAGUCUCGCGACGGAGGAUGGUUUUACACCACUGGCGGUGGCGAUGCAACAGGGCCACGACAAGGUAGUCAGCGUGCUAUUGGAGAACGACUCGAAGGGCAAAGUGAGGCUGCCGGCGCUGCACAUAGCCGCGAAAAAGGACGACUGCAAGGCAGCCGAUUUACUCUUACAGAACGACCACAAGCCGGACGUGACGUCAAAGAGCGGCUUCACUCCGCUGCACAUAGCCGCUCAUUACGGCAACGAAGACAUCGCCCGGCUACUCAUCAAACGAGGAGCCGAUGUUAAUUAUUUGGCCAAGCACAACAUAAGUCCAUUGCACGUGGCGGCGAAAUGGGGGAAAAACAACAUGGUGAAAAUCCUGUUGGAGCACGGGGCCGUCAUAGACGCCAAGACGAGGGACGGCCUGACCCCGUUGCACUGCGCCGCAAGAUCGGGCCACGAGCAGUGCGUGACGACCCUCCUCGAGAGCUCGGCGCCCAUCAGCGCCCGAUCAAAGAACGGCCUCGCGCCGCUGCACAUGGCCUCCCAAGGAGACCACGUGGACGCCGUCCGGGUGCUCCUGUACCACCGUGCCCCCGUGGACGAAGUGACGAUCGACUACUUGACGUCGCUGCACGUGGCCGCGCACUGUGGACACGUGCGGGUGGCCAAGUUGCUGCUCGAUCGUAAGGCCGAUCCCAACGCCCGGGCCCUCAACGGGUUCACGCCCCUCCACAUCGCUUGCAAGAAGAACCACAUAAAGGUCGUCGAGUUGCUCCUGAAACACGGGGCGUCCAUCGAGUCCACCACCGAGUCCGGCCUCACGCCGCUCCACGUCGCCAGUUUCAUGGGCUGCAUGAACAUCGUGAUCUACCUGCUGCAGCACGAGGCGAGCCCGGACGUGCCCACCGUGCGCGGGGAAACGCCGUUGCACCUCGCCGCCCGGGCCAACCAGACCGACAUCAUACGGAUACUGCUGAGAAACGGGGCGAAGGUUGACGCCCGCGCGAGGGAACAGCAGACACCUCUGCACAUAGCCUCGCGUCUGGGCAACGUGGACAUAGUGAUGCUGCUGCUGCAGCACGGGGCGGCCGUGGACACGACGACCAAGGACAUGUACACGGCGCUGCACAUAGCUGCCAAGGAGGGCCAGGAAGAGGUCGCAGCGAUUUUGGUGGACAACAACGCGUCGGUCACGGCGACGACGAAAAACGGCUUCACCCCCCUGGCGGUGGCCGCAAAGUACGGCAACAUGAACGUCGCCAAGAUACUGCUGCAAAAGGAGGGCAAACUCGACGCCCAAGGAAAGAACAACAUAACUCCCUUGCUGCUGGCCUGCCACUACGACCACCCGAACGUCGCGCAGUUGCUGCUGGAGAAGGGCGCCUCGCCGCACCUCGCCUCGCAAAACGGCCAGACGCCGUUGCACGUGGCUGCCCGUAAAAACCAGAUGGACAUAGCCAUGACUCUGAUCGAGCACGGGGCCAAGGCGGACGUGGAGUCGAAGGCGGGCUUCACGCCGCUGCACCUGAGCGCCCAGAAGGGCCACUAUGACAUGACGAACCUGCUCAUUGAGCACGGGGCCGACCCCAACCACAGGGCCAAAAAUGGCCUCACGGCUCUGCACCUGUGCGCCCAAGAGGACUUUAUCAGGGUGGCGUCGAUCCUCGUCAAGAACGGGGCCGACGUCGAGAGCCAGACAGAGACCGGAUACAGGCCCAUACACGUGGCGGCCCACUUUGGAAACCUGUCGAUGGUGCGUUUUCUACUCAAGCACGGAGCCGAGAUAGACGUAAAGACCAAACAAAACUACACCCCUUUGCAUCAGGCUGCUCAGCAGGGACACGCUCACAUCGUCUCUGCCCUUGUCGAGGGCAAUGCUUCACACCGUGCUCGCACCAAUGACGGAUUGACUGCCCUCAACGUAGCCCAAAAAUUGGGGUACAUCUCGGUGAUGGAAGUACUGAAGGGCCUGUCUUACGACGGCGUGACGCCGGACAACAAGAAUUGGGAGGAAAAGUACAAAGUCAUCGCCCCGGAGAGCUUACAAGAGACGAGUCUCAUGUCAGAUUCCGACGACGAAGGAGAGGAUCUGUUGUGCUCAACAGGUUCGGAUGCUCUGAUGAGCGAACAGCCUUACCGGUACUUGACCGCUGAUCUAAUGAAAAAUCUGAGGGACGAUUCUUUGCCGAUCGACGUCACGAGGGAUGACCCGAUUCACAGACAGGUUUCCAAACAAGAACACAAGGACUUCGUUCAAAGUAGCAAUUAUUGUUCUGCCGAGAACUUUGACAGUAGCGACUACUCGAAACCUCAUUUUAAAUCGUUCCUCGUGAGCUUCCUAGUGGACGCUCGGGGAGGCACCAUGAAGGGUUGCCGACACAGCGGUAUCAGAUUGAUCGUGCCACCGAGGCGCGCGACGAUGCCGAUCCGUGUGACCUGCAGACUCGUGAAACCCAGCAAAAUGACCAAUCCUCCGCCGUUGAUGGAAGGCGAAUCACUCGCCACCCGCGUCAUCGAGAUGGGACCCGUUGGUGCCUCCUUUUUGGGACCCGUCUUGAUCGACAUACCCCAUUUUGCCUCGGUGGCCGGCAAGGAACGGGAAAUCAUCAUUUUGCGCAGCGAAAACGGCGAGACUUGGAAGGAACACGACAAUUCCACCGAAAACGACGGCAACGACUCGUUGCUCAAUACCCCUUACGACGCCCACAUGAGCACCGUCCACUCGGGCAGGAUAACGCGAAUAAUGACGACCGAGUUCCCGCAGUACUUUGCUGUGGUCACGCGGAUCAAACAGGAGGUUCACGUGAUCGGGUCCGAAGGCGGGAUUUUGGUCUCCAGCGUCGCCGACGAGGUCCAGGCCGUCUUCCCGCCCGGCGCUCUGACCAAAAAGAUCAAAGUCGGCCUGCAGGCCCACGUGAUCCCGGCCGAGUUGACGGCCAAACUGCUGGGCAACUGCGUGGCCGUGUCCCCAGUGAUAACGAUAGAGCCGCGGCGGCGCAAGUUCCACAAGCCGAUAAGCCUGACGCUGCCGGUGCCCAGGGCCGCCAACAAGGGCAUGAUUAACCACUACGGCGGCGAAACGCCGACGCUACGGCUUCUGUGCAGCAUCGCCGGUGGCACGAGCGAGGCCCAGUGGGAGGACGUGACGGGCUCGACGCCUCUGAACUUCACCAACGACCGGGUGUCCUUCACCACCACGGUGUCGGCACGCUUUUGGCUCAUGGACUGCAGGAACAUCCAGGAGGUCCCCAAAAUGGCCACUGAUCUCUACCGCGAGUCCCUCUUCGUGCCGUUUGUCACAAACUUCGUCAUUUACUCGAAACGAAUGGAGGAGGUGGAAGCCAUCCUGAGGAUCCUGUGCAUGACCGACAGCAAGGAGGGCAUCCACACGUUGGAGAAGCAAGAGGAGUUCUCGGAGAUCGUCAAGAGCCGCGACGUCGAGACGCUGGACGGCAAGGAUCUUUACAUCGAGUUCACGGGGAACCUGGUGCCGGUCACCAAGUCCGGCCAGCAGCUCAAAUUCACGUUCAGAGCCUUCCGGCAGAACAGGCUGUCGUUCCAGGUGAAGGUCAAGGACCCGCAGCUCGACCCCGUGGCGCGGAUGAUGUUCAUGCGGGAGCCGAAAGUCGCCAAGGGCGAGCCGGCCCAGCAGCCGCUCUGCGUCCUCAACAUCGUCCUCCCCGACGUCACGUUCAAGGACAAAAACAAAGCCAUGGAGGACGCCCACAUACUGGCCGAAAAGUUGGAGCUGCUCAAGUCGAGCUACAAGCUCGACUAUCCGGACGAAAAGGGCGAUUACCCGAAGCGCACGUCGCCCGGCGAGAGGAAGUUUAUCACCGACACCCUCCAGAAGGAGCACCCAGAUGCAGUUGGUAGUUUACUUGCUCACAAAUCGACCAUCCCCUUAGAAUCCGUAGAUGAUAGUUACUCGGGCCAAGACCUCUCUCCGACGACUGAGAAGAAAACUUAUUCGGAAAAGCGGCGCUUUUGGGAAGACAUAGCGCGUAGCAAACGUGAAAGCUUCCAACGAAGUGAAUCCGAAGUGUCACACACUUCCCAACUGACGUAUCACGACAGCGACAGCGAAUGCCUCAGUGAAGUACGAGAGCGCAGCGAGGAUGAGGCCGUUGAUCAGGAACAUUUGGUCGAUGCCGGUCUUUCGGUGGACAUGUCGGAGUGUACAGUUGCGGAAAAGGCGCAUUACUUCGAAGAGCAAAUACAAAAGGAAACAUCAGCUGCUAGGGAAUCCCUAAAGAGUCAGUCUUCUCAAGAAUCAGCAAGGAUUGCAGCAGCUAGGCUUUCAGGAAUUUCUAUGAGUAGCGAAGAUGAUAGAUCUCUGGAAGUCUUUGAAGAAACGGAAAGGAUUUUGGAAGAAAAGGCUAGGCAGGAAAUCGAAAUGAGAGAUAAGACUGGAAAGGUUGAUGUCAAGGAGUGGGACGAAAGAAAGGAAGAAAAGAAAGAUUGUACAACAGAAAAAAGUGAAAAGCAAAAGAGUCGAGGAGAAAUAGCUUUGUUUGAUAAUAAAGUUGUUGUUAAGGAAAUGAAAGAUGAUAAAAAAAUGGGCAAGGGUGAAGUUCCCAAGAAAGGAGAAAGAAAGAAGAGUAAGGACGAAAAGGAACUGUUUGGAAAAAAAGACUCUGCGAAAGAAGAGAAAAAAGAUGAAAGAAUAAAGAGCAAAGAUGGAAAAGAUGUACUUGGAAAAAGGCAGGAUUCUGAAAAAGAAAAAACUGAUCAGAAAAAUGAUAAGGUAGAAAAAGAACUUUCAGUUGGAAAAAGUGAUUUGAAAGAAUUUAAAAGUGAACAAGAAAAACAAGAUAGUGAAAAGAAAAUAAGCGUGAAAGGUGAAACUACAGAAAUGGGUAAGAUUACAUCUGAGUUAGCUUCUAAAGAAACAGUUUCGAAAAUUGAUAAAAAAGUGACGAGCACAAAAAGUGAUACAAGUGAAACUAAAAUUAAAUUAGACACAAAAUCCAAAACCGUCACAAAGACUGACACUGAUAAGGAAAGCAAAGCCAAGGCAACCAAAAUGCAAGAAAACGUGUCAAAGCAACAGAAAGUAGUUGAAUCUAAAUCUUCUGUGGUAACUGCAAAAUCAACUAAAGUUAAAGAAGAAACAUCUCCAAAAUCCAUACCACCACGUCAAAAAUCAAGAGAAGAAUCUUUCUCUAAAUCACCACCGAAGAAAGACAAAUCAAAAGAUGAGCCUCUUUCUAAAUCUCCACCUAAGAAAGAUAAACCAAAAGAUGACAUCAAAAAAUCUUCACCUAAACUUGAAAGGCCGAAAGAAGCAACAAGUAAGAUGCCAUCUAAAGCAGACAAAGGAAAAGAAAUUACUACAACAAAAUCGAAAAUUGAGGAGAAAGUUAAACUUGUUUCACCAAAAUCUAUUUCUCCUACGAAAGAAAUAUCAAAACAGGAAACUUCACCGAAAUAUCCUUCAAAAAGUGAGAAAUCGAAAGUUGAAAUGAUUUCUCCAACUAAAAAAGAAAAAAUGCAAGUUGAAAUUUCUCAACUACCAAUACUUGUAAAACAGAAAUCCAAAGAAGAACUCAAAAAAUUUUCAGAAAAAGAAGCAAAGCUUGACGAAACUGCAUCGUCGAAAGAAGACUCAAAAAUCUCUGUUUUAGAUACUCGAGAUAAAAUAGGAGAUCCUGUUAAACAUGCCGCUAUUACUCCUACUACUACGAUCGAAUCAUUAGUAAAGGACUCAAAAAAAGAUACAAUAUCAACAAGCCCACCACAUAAUUUGUUAAUAAAAGAGUCUGUUACCAUUCUCCCUGUAUCUCAAGUAGUUGAAAAACAACCGGAAAGUAUUGCUGGUGCUCUAGGAUCAAAGAACGAUAAUUUUCAAAAAAAAUUAGAUCAAACUUUAAAAGAUUCAUCGCAAAUGAUCGAAGUUAAAACUAUCCUUGAUACUCCUGCUGCCUUAACAAAAGACAUUAAACAAGACAAAACUAUCGAAUCAAAACCAGAAACACAACUACGUCAAAGCUCUUCAAUUGAAACGUAUGAAACGGUAAAAACGCAAUCAAUAUUUGAUGAUACGAGUGUAUAUCAAAUAAAAAAUGAAAAAAUAGCUGCGACCAUGACACAAAAAGAUACAUUCCUAGAAAAAAGCUUUGCAGAAAAAUCUUUAGAAGAAGCAAAACCUGCAAAGCUGCAAACAAAAACUCCUGAGCAAGAAAAAUCUGUAGUUGAUGUGAUUGAUAAAAUCCAAAAGCCUACACCAUCAAACAGGACAAAAACUGUAUGUUAUACGCUAUCUUCAACUGAUAUUAAACCAACAGCAAUACCACUCAUAACAUCCAAACAAAAAGUGCCAGAGCGUGAAAAAUCUAAAGAUGAGAUUUCAAAGUCUGCAACAGCAAAAAGAGAAAAAUCUAAAGAUGAGUUUCACGUUACAUCACCUACUACAAAUAAAAAACCGACAGAGGCUGAAUCAAUUGCUCUAAAAAAAGAAAAAUCCAAAGAAGAAAUUUCCAGUUCCGUGAUACUACAAAGAGAAAAGUCGAACAACGAAUUUUCUCUGAAAUCGCCACCAGCAGACAAAAAACCAUCAGAGAUAUCUUCAAUUAUUCCCAAGCGUGAAAAAUCUAAAGACAACAUUCCAAAGUCGAUGAUACCACGAAGAGAAAAGUCAAAGGAGGAAUUUUCUAUAAAAUCAUCACCUCUUGUUUAUAAGACACAAACAGAACUAUCGUCUAAAGAUUUAAAGCAGGAAAAAUCUGACGAUAAAGUUCCAAAGGUAGAAAAACUCAGAGACGAACUUCCAACGUCAUCCCUCGUGGAUGAAAAAUCUGUGAACUUACCAUCAACAGCUCCCAAGCGGGAAAAAUCUAAAGAUGAAAUUCCGAAAUCGAUGAUACCACGAAGAGAAAAAUCGAAAGAUGAAUUUUCUUUGAAAUCACCUCUGCUGGAUAAAACUACAGUAGACACGCAAGUAAUGGCUCCUAAACGUGAAAAAUCCAAAGAUGAGAUUCCAAAGUCCAUGAUACCAAAAAGAGAGAAAUCUAAGGAUGAAUUUUUAGUGAAAUCGCCAUCAGUAGAUAAAAAAUCACAAGAGAUACUGACAACAGCUCCUAAGCGUGAAACAUCUAAAGACGAGAUUCCAAAAUCUAUGAUACCGAAACGGGAAAAAUCGAAAGAUGAAUUUUCGUCAAAAUCGCCACCAGUAGAUAAAAAACCUUCAGAGAUACCAUCAACUGUUCCUAAACGUGAGAAAUCUAAAGAUGAGAUUCCAAAAUCAAUGAUACCCCGAAGAGAGAAGUCAAGGGAAGAAUUUACUUUAAAAUCACCUCCCACGGAUAAAAAACAAACAUUAUCGUCCAGUGCAGGUCUUAGUGAGGUUAAAUCUAAGGAUGAGAUUCCCAAGUCUAUGACGGCAGAAAUGGAAAAAUCUAAAGAUGCAGUUUCAACAACGUCACCCCUUUUAGAUAAAAAACCCACAGAUUUACUGUCAACAGCUCCUAAACGUGAAAAAUCAAAAGAUGAAAUUCCGAAAUCAAUGAUACCUCGAAGAGAAAAGUCAAAAGAUGAAUUUUCUCUAAAAUCGCCUCCAUUGGAUAAAAAAACAGUAGAAUUGCCGUCUAAAGUUCUACAGCAUGAGGAAUCUGAGGAUGAGAUUCCAAAGUCCAUGAUAUUAAAAAGGGAACAAUCAAAAGAUGAAUUUUUGGUGAAACCCACACCAGCAGAUAAAAAUAAAUCAGAAGUACCGUCAACAGCUCCUAAGCGUGAAAAAUCUACGGAUGAGAUUUCAAAGUCUAUAAUACCGAAAAGACAAAAAUCUACAGAUGAGUUUUCUUUAAAAUCACCUCCGUUGGAUAAAAAACCAAUAGACAUGCAAGCAAUAGCUCCUAAACGUGAAAAAUCUAAGGAUGAGAUUCCAAAAUCAAUGAUACCACGAAGAGAAAAGUCAAAAGACGAAUUUACUGUAAAAUCACCUCCCACCGAUAAAAAACAAACAGAAUUAUCAUCUACAGUUUUAAAGCGUGAAAAGUCCAAAGACGAGAUUCCAAAAUCCAUGAUACCGAAACGGGAAAAGUCUAAAGAUGAAUUUCCGUCAAAAUCGCCACUAGUAGAUAAAAAACCUUCAGAGAUACCAUCAACUGCUCCUAAGCGAGAGAAAUCCAAAGAUGAAAUUCCAAAAUCAAUGAUACCACGGAGAGAAAAGUCUAAAGAUGAGUUUUUCAUGAAAUCGCCACCAGCAGAUAAAAAAUCGUCGGAAAUAUCUCCAACGGCCCUUAAACGAGAAAAAUCUAAAGACGAAAUUCCUAAAUCUAUGAUACAACAAAGGGAAAAAUCAAAAGAUAAAUUUACUAUUAACUCACCUCUUACUGACAAGACACAAAUAGAAUUACCAUCAAAAGCUCUUGAGCAGGAAAUAUCAGAAGAUAAAUUUACAAAGGUAGAAAAAUCUAAAAAAAACGAAUUUUCUACAUCAUCGCUUGUGGAUAAAAAACCUAUGGACUUACCAUCAACAGCUCCCAAGCGUGAAAAAUCAAAAGAUGAAAUUCCGAAAUCAAUGAUACCUCGGAGAGAAAAUUCGAAAGAAGAAUUUUCUGUGAAAUCACGUCCUCUCGAGGAUAAAACUAAAGAUUUACCAUCUGUUAUAUCCAAAAGAGAAAGAUCUAGUAGUGAAAUUCCAAAAUCUAUGAUACCUAAAAGAGAAAAAUCCAAAGAUGAAUUUUUAAUAAAAUCUCCUCCACAAGAUGUAAAAGACAAAGGAUUUCCAUUUAAUACUACUAAACGAGAAAAAUCUAUUGGUGAAAUUCCAAAGUCCAUGAUUCCUCGAAGAGAAAAAUCCAAAGAUGAAUUUUUAAUAAAAUCUCCUCCACAAGAUGUAAAAGACAAAGGAUUUCCAUUUAAUACUACUAAACGAGAAAAAUCUAUUGGUGAAAUUCCCAAGUCCAUGAUUCCUCGAAGAGAAAAAUCCAAGGAUGAAUUUUUAAUUAAAUCUUCACCAAAAGAUGAUAAAGAUACAGUAUUAUCAUCUGCUGCUCUCAAACGAGAAAAGUCUUCAGGUGAAUUUUCGAAGUCGAUGAUUCCUCGGAGAGAAAAAUCUAAGGACGAAUUUUCCAUUACAUCUCCGAUCGGUAGACGAAAUAGUAAAGAGUUAUCAUCAACCAGUUUUAAACGUGAAAAAUCUUCAGGGGAAUUGUCUACUUCAAUGAUACCACGGAGAGAAAAAUCAAAAGAAGAGUUUUCCCUUCAAUCACCUCCCAAAAAAGAAAAGCUGAAAGACGAAUUUGCCUCAAAAGCUCUGCCGAAGCGAGAAAAAUCUAAAGAAGAAAUACACAAAGCAGUUCCGAAACGAGAAAAGUCUAAAGAUGAAAUCCUCUCUAAACCAAUAAUGAGGAAAGAAAAAUCUAAAGAAGAUGUAACACCUAAAGUUGGUGUAAAACGUCAAGAUUCAAAAGGUGAAGAGUUAACAAAAACUGGGGUAAAGAAGACGGAAUCAUCUGGAAAAAUUUCACCAAAAAAAGAUGAUGUCAAAGAUUUACCCUCUAAGUCCGGCGUUAAACGGCGAGAUUCAAAAGAAGAACAAUCCAAAGGUAGUACGAAAAAAAGUUCAGAAUUUACUCCUAAAGUUACACCUAAAAGAGAAUCGUCUAGGGAGGAAAUACUUAAAACUUCACUAACUAGAAGACGAGAUUCCAAAGAAUUGAAAGAUGAGAUACCAAAGACUCCUGUGGCAAGAAGAAGAGAUUCUAAAGAAGAAUCUCCGAAAUCUUUAACAAAACGUGGAAUACCUCUAAAAGAUUCAGAUUCAAAAUCUAGUUCUAAAAGUAGUUUGCCUUCUCCAAAAUCCUCAGAAAAAUCAUCGAAAAAAGAAUCAUUGUCCAAGAAAGAAUCGGAAACAGUAACCGUGACUAAGACAGAAAAGAGUAAAGAAAUUACCACUCAAGAACAUCAGGAGUACACGCAAAAACAAAGUAAUACAUCUCAGUUGGUCUCUGGUACCUUCAGGAGUGACCCAAAAGAUGCCUUUGAACUUUUGGAAAACACAAGUGCCUUAAAAAAUUCAGACUUGAUUGCAUCCACUAGUGUUACUACAUCUAAAGUUGACCACAAAGCUACAAGUUUGUCUGAAAAAAAAGAGGUCAAGUCCUCUGAAAUAGAUACUGGUAAAGAAAAAAUUAUUGCUCUUGAAGAAAAAGAAGAUUUCCAGAAAAAGGAGACUUCUAUUUCGAUGUUACAAAAAGAUUGUUUCGACGAUAAAGUUAAAGAAAAAAAAAGUAAAGGAAAAGAAACAUCUGAAAGUGUAACUCAAAAAACAUUAGUUAAUUUAACUGAUGACUUUGAAAGAGUCCAAGCUUCUGCUUUACAAAAAGGGCAAGAUAGAAAAUAUAGUGUGGAAUCAAGAAGUGUAGAAAAUAAUGAAAAAAUUGUGACCACGACAGAAACAUCAAAUUUGUUAAAAGAAAGUACUGCCGGUACACACUUUAAAGUAGAAAAAGAUCUACAUGAUGAAAGUACAAAACCAGACGAUGUUGGAAAAAUCCUAGAAAAAUCAAUAUUUGAAGAGAAGAUUAAAGAUGGUUCAAAAACAUUUGAUGUAAAACAAGACUUAAAAGAAGAUGUAGGUGCAACAGAAAAAGAUUUAACAAAAACGAUGAUUGAGUCAGGUAAAAGUGUUAUCGAUGUCGUUACGAUUCCAGCUGGUGGAACUAUUGAGUCUGAAGAUUUUCAUGACAAGAUGGCUGAUGAUCUGACACAAAAAUUAAGUACAAUGCGUAAUGUCAUGGACGAUUUGAUUAACCCCACACCAUUAAAAUCAAUUCGAGAUAGUGAAAGUCUUAGUUUGAGUGAAGACAUAACAAAAGAUGAAUCGUCAUCACUUCAACUUUCUCUGUCUCAAACAAAAUUAUCGGAAGAUAUUACUAUUAGUCCAAGUAUGUCUGAAAAAGUUGACAUCAAAGACAUAGGUGAAACAGGUAAACAAACAUCGAUACUAAAAAAAGAAAUAACGCCAUUGCUAGAAGCAACUAAAUUAGGCAAAAAACUUGUUGAUGGAAAAUUUGUUUCUGAACUUUCUGGAGCUCGAGUGCUCGAAAUAUUAGAACCAGAGAUUGAAAGUCAGUCCAGACAGGAUUCCAUCGAUGUAUCUUCAAUUGAAGUAGAUGAGAUUAAAUUUUCAACAACAGGUCACGAUGUUCCAAUAAAAGAAGAAAACCUGCACGAAAGUCCAGCAAUAGAUUCAUUAGAUGCCUUAGAGCGUGAUAUUUCCAUGAGUUCAGCCACAUUCUCUGAAGAUACAAAUAUUGACUAUUCUCUAUCACAAGAUGGUAAUAAAAAACAAGAGUUUGGUUUUGAUAAAGUUUCCAUUAAAAGAAGAACUGAAAAAGACUCUUUUGAAAUAGAAAGUCCACCACUUGUUUCGCCUAGAUUGAAAGUCAAAGAAUUAGAAAUCAAACCAGUCGACUGGAUGAUUGGUGAUGAAAAAAUAGAAGUUUCGGAAGCCUUGGAACCCUCUGAAGCAUUUGACAAAGAACUCGAAGAAUAUCAAAUGUCGCUAAAGCAACAGCAAGAAGGUGUUAACAUUUCUGGUGAAAGAAAAUUCGAAAUACCGCAAAUACAAGAAACAUGCUCAACGUCAUUUGACGAGUCAGAGUCUACAAAGCUGAGUGGAAAAUCAAAGUUUACUGUGAUUCCUGUAAGUGAAGAAGAUUUUGAUGUGGAGAAAGAAUUGGUAGAAAAUAAAUUGGAAAUUAGUUGUCAGGAGUUAAUGGAUACUCUGCAGAGAGAAUACGAUGCUAAAACACCAACGGAUGAUAGAUUAGAAGAAAUGGCUGCAAAAUCAUUUCAUUUCAUAACUAUAGAAGAUGACGAUGAUGGUUUUGAUUAUAGUGAAAAAAAAUAUGAGGCCCAAUUAACGAAUCCAUCGGAAACCCGCAAUGAAAGCUUAAAAUUCUCUGAUAUACCUUUCGAAACAAAAACCGCCAUCAACGUUAUAGAAGGAGAACAGUUUACAAGUUUGGUAGAACCUUUAAAGCUAACUGAAGCAGUUAGUCAAUCAAGAGACAGUGAAUUGCUACAGUUAUAUGAAGAACAGUUUGAAGAAACUAUGCAAAUAAAAGACUUAAAAAAAAAUCCCAUUGAAGAAAACAAAAGCACAAAGGUAGCAGACAAACAUGAGACUAAAACAUCGGAAACAGUUGAAAAAACAUUGGAUAAUUCAAAUCAAGCUGGAGAAACAAGUAAUUCAAAAAAAGAAACGGACACAGUUAGUAGUAAAAAAGUUGAGCAGGUAGAAAACUUAGAUACAAAAGACAAAGAAAAGUUAAAAACAGAAUUUGAUGUACAGACUGAAAUUGGAAAAAUUGAAAAUUCUUCUGAAACCAUAAACAAAUCAUGUGAAUCGCUAAACGAAAAAUUAUCUUCUGAAGUAGAUACAUCUGAAAAGGAUAAAGAGGACAAGAAAAAACAAUCUUAUGAUUUAGAAAACUUUCAACAUCCACCAGAACCAUCAGAAAUGUUGUUAAAAAUGGAUGAUGAAAAAAGUGAGAAUGAAGAAAAAAAAGAUGUUCAACUUUUGUCGUACAAGACAUUUGAUCCCGAAGAUUUGAAAAAACAAGAUGGGAGUCAAGGCGUGACAGGCGUUCAAAAACUUCCAAAAGCGGAAUUUCAUAAAGAAGGAAGAAUCGACAUGCGAUCAAAGGCUUGGGACGAUCACAAACGAGUUGGAGACAAACGUGAAAAAGCACAUUCACACCAGGAAACGAGUCCGUACAAAGUAAAAAAGGAAGAUUUUCAAAAUGUCAAUAUGAGUGCUCGUUAUGCUAUCACAGUCUUAGAUCAAGUUGUAAAAAAAGAAAUAGCAGAGGUAAAAGAAAAUCUUGAGGCAGCUAAGCAAGAUCUCAUUGAAGAGUUGAGUGAAAAUAGUGAAAACAUGAUACAAAUAAAAGAUUCACCUUCGGAAUUCCAGUUUAAACUUCAACCUGAAUCAAUUCCAAAUGAAUUACCGUUUCUUUACAAGGCACCAUCUCUCGAAAAAGGAAGUGAUACAGAAAACUUUUCUUCUUCUUCAUCGCCGGUAGCGAAACCUCGCCGACACUCAGAAAUCACUCGGGAAGAAAGUUCUUCAGAAAGUAGUUCUGCCGAAAAGAAAACGUCAGAACAAGAUAAGAGUAAAACUUCGAUAAUGGUUGAAAGUGAAUCCGACCAAAGUUCGCAAAAAGAAUCAAAAGAUACAUUCGAAUCAUUUUCAUCGUCCCAAAAAGUAGUAAGUAAAUCAGGCUCUGAUGCGGAGGUAGCAACAAAAGAUGAAACUUUCUCAUUACAACCACCUCAACCAGCACCUAGACGUCGACCAAAGCCUUCUCGUGGUCAGCAUGGUAUCACCUCGGAAAGUGAAGCUGACGUUUCCAGUAGCGGCGAGAGCAAUUACCAAUCCUGUGAAUACGAGAGCAGCAGUCGUCCAUGUUCCUCUGACGUCGAGGCUCUGCAAUCAGCAGCUCACCCACUUUCUUCUACAGCAUCAGAAUACGAAACAGCAGCAAUGUCAAUGGAGCAUUCUUCGAAAGGAACUUCACAAGAUUACUUUACCGCUAUGAAUACAUUAAGUUCGAGAGAAUCAAUGAAAUCGUUAGCUUCAAUUAGUUCCGGACAAAUGGGUAGUCUAGACAGCGCAAGUGAGUUAUCCGAAACGAUUAUGGCGUCUGAACCAGAGUUGGACCAAGAUGCUUUAGAUGAAAAUCUGGAAAACAUAUUAGACGACGAUAUGAAGAGUUUCGACGAUGUAUCUGAUGAUGAGGAGAAACACUUAAAAGUUGAUCCCGAAAUCCCUUGUAUGAUGAAACGUUCCAGCGAAAUGAUCUUCAGUCAAGUGAUCACUCAAGAAUCAUCAAGUGAGGGUCAAAGUUUGGGUGCAAAGUUAAGUGAUUCUUCUACACUUACAGUUACAGAAACUUCAUCGUCCAUAACUAAUUCAAAAUCUGGUAGUGUCUCAUCUGAAGCAAAUGUCUGUGUUACGAAAAGUACAACAACUCAGAAAGUUUCACAGAAGAUAAUGACCACUAGAAAUAUUUCGGAACAGCCAGAGUCUGUGGAUGAAUUGAUUUUGAGCUCGUCCGAUUUAAAAGCUGAAACUUGCUCAUUCGAACCAGAUUCAUUGGAGGUAAAGUACACUUCUACAUCGAGUCUUGAUGAAGAAAGUGCGGAAGGGCAUGGGCCUGGUUCCGGAUUGACCUUGCAACAGCAAUUGAGUAUGACAUCUUCAUCGAUGUCGGGCGUUUCUUUGGAAACAGUCAUAGAGAAAGAACAUGCCGAUCGUAACUCUCCAGACAGCGACUCGUUCGAAUUAGUUGAUAAGCCAGACAUUAUUGACGAUUUUGUUGUUGUAGAAGAGGUUGGUCGAGAAGCCCAUGAGUUUGAUUCCGAAGGUAAAGGUAUUCGUAUUAGCUCCACAUCUUUCGUAAGUAGUAAGAUCUACGAUCGAGACGUGGAAAAUCUUAUGAUGGAAAAACAGGAUCUUCAAAAGCCUCAAGCUCAAUCGACGAGAAGUACGGCUGAACUAUUCGAUUUUGAAUCUGAAGAAAGUCCACCUCAAGCAUCCAACGAAGAUCAGUAUUCACAAUCUUAUUCCGACGAGGAGCAGUACAGUGAAAGCGGUAAAAAGUGGGUUGAAAUGCAGUUCCAACAGAACGAAACUCGCAUAUACGAUCUUGAAUACGAGCGUGGCCCUCUGGAAGACAUAAAAGAGGAAGAAGUUGCAGACUUUGAAGCCGGAAGCAGUCGUUUUGGUAGUGUUGGUAGCCAGAAAGAGUCCAUCGGUAGCAUUGGCAGUAUGAGAGGCAGUUUCGGCAGUACUCCUGACAAUUAUGACAUUCUCACAGCCAAACGGUACUUCAAACCAACGGACCAUGACAACGUGUCACUGAGUUCGCUACAAGAAUUUGAACACCUGGAAAAUGCAGUGGCACAGGAAAAUGCAAAAAGACGAGAACAGCAGCAUAGUAGUUCCCAAGAUUCAUCGAGUAACGGCAGUCUACCAAGGAGGUAUCACGCUAGUAAAUCGGGCCACGGCGAUGACGUUUCGAUAUCUUCGGUGAAAGAUUUCGAAGUUCUCGAAAAAGCUUGCAAAGAAGCCCACAUGAUCGAACUGAGAGCUAGAGAGGAAGAAGACUUGCUGGAUCACGAGAGUCCCGAAAAUCGGUACAAACUCGAAAGCUUGGCCAGAGCGAAAGCUGAAAGCCAAGGUAGUGCGCCCGGAUCCUUUAACCCGAGCACGUCGGGAUCCGAUGAUUACGAAAAGAGAAUCAAAGAAAUCGAUGAAAUCAUAAGAUUGGCGCAAGCGAACGUUGAAAAAAUAGAACGACACGACGAUACCACGGAAGACAUAUCUCAAAUUGAUCUUACGGACGAUAAGCCGACUGUGCCAGUAACAAUCAUUGCAGCUGAAACGCCAACUUCGUCUGCUCCUGUAAAAGCGCCACCAAAAAGCGCCAGUGAUAUGAAUUUAAUGGACACGAGUACAGAUUCCUUGGAGCUGGAAGGCAACGGUGGACGAAACUACAACGUCAUGUGCCAGAGUUCGGAUUCCUUGGAGUUAAAAACAACAUUGGAUUACCCAUCGAUUAGUUCAGACUCGUUAAAUAACGUGAAGGAUCCCAAAGAGGAGCAAGAGAAACGGUUUAGUAGUAGAAGGAUCUCGUCGGAUAGUCUGGAUUUACCUGCGCAGGAAUCGCAGGAGUCAAAGGAUAAAAGCAAGGAUAGCUCCACUGACAGUUAAACUAGAGUCUAAAGAUUCGAAAUAUGAAAAUGGACCACAAGGUGAACGAAGCGAAUGGAAGUCAGCUUUAAAAGCACGAGCUUCCGCGCGCACAUUUAAAAAAAAACCGUGAAGUAAAAAAAAACAUUCCGAGGCACGUGUUGUAUGUCUCGAGGAGGGUGAGUGGCGGAGGGCAGACGGAGGGUUAUCCCGAAUUCUGUCGGCACCGCCGCGAGUCACGGCGCCGUAGCAAAGUAUGCAUUCCUUUAUUAUAUUUUAAAUUUUAUCAUAAAAAGGAGGCAUCAUCGAAUUUUAUCAAUUUCGCGAAAUUAAAAUUUCC